GCAAUGUUUGUACACAUUUUUCUUUGAUUUAAAUCCCUGUUUAUUUAAUUUCUACACACCAAACGAUUUCAGACAUUAUUAGAUCCGGCAGGCAGGGGUCAAUGCAACUGAAAUUCUUUUAUUACUUUUAUUAUUAAUCUCAUUUAUGAACAAUACCUGACCUGACCUCUAUUUCUAAGUGGUUUGUUCGUGAAUCAGCUGUAAACAGCAUAUAACAAGUUGACUACACCCUAACACAAAGAUCCAGCAUCCACUGCAGCUGCCAAACCAGCUGAAACCCUGCAAUGCCUCUGUUCAGGGCUUUGGAUGAAGGCGGUGGGACGAAGGCUCGGCCCGGCCGGAGGGGGAGGGUGAAGAGUAAAGACUGGAUGCGGAGCUGCUUGAGGACGGAUGAAGACGGCUCCGUCCUCUCGUUGACUCGGCUGUGUUUGCUCAGCCUUGCUGACAACAUGAAGGAUGUGUGGGUGAAAGACUAUGCUGACAACUACAUGGAUCACUAUUCAUUCAGAUACAUCAUGGGACCCUUCAACUUACUGCCGGGUGACCUUGUCGAGGAGCUGACGUGCCUCCUGUGCACCAGAAAGCAGUUGUCCCGGGCGGCCCUCCACCUCCUGCUGGUCCCUCAGCUCCGACGUCUGUCUCUGGAGCUCUGUCCUGGUUUGGUCACUUCAGCCCUCUGUGGCCACAUUGCUGCACGUUGCCAGGGUCUGUGGAGUCUGGACCUGUCUGGAGCCCAGCAGCUACCUUCUAAAGUUCUUUCUGAAACCCUCCACAGGCUGCCAGCUCUGCGCUCACUCUCCCUGGCUGGCCUGCCUUGUGACAGAUACGUAAUCAUGACAAUCGCUCGCUGCUGCCGUCUGUUGCGACAUCUAAAUGUAUCCCGCUGUCAUUUGCUUUCCCCAGCCGCUCUGCUUCCUCUUGGAGGUAGUGCUUCCUGCUCAUCUUCUGGAAGUCUCUCUCCAGCCCUGCCUGCUCUACCCCUCUGCAGUCUGCUGGCUCUGGAUAUUGGGUUUGAGGAACAGGAGGGAGACUCGGUGGUGGCAGCAGCCUACCUGCUUCUCUCCUUGCCCUGCCUGGAAAGGCUGGCCGUGGAGGGCGUCGGACAGGCCUGUUUCCUCAUCAAGUGCAGAGACUUCAGCCAGGCUGAUGAGUUUACUGACAGGGAAGGAGUUCAGAGGCUGGAGGAUGUGUGGAGGGAGAGGAUGCAGGGCAGGGGUAGUUGGAGAAGGAAGAAAGAAAGAGCAGCAGCAGAUAGAGAACAGGAGGAUGAAGAGGAGGAAGAGGGCUUAUCCUGGAAGGGUUACCCUAGUGAGAGUGAAGAAGAUACAAGUAGAGACGAAGGGCCAUCUUGUUCUGAGAACCAAACACAGUCAGGCCUGAUUCUGCGGCUGAAGGAAGUCAAGGGCAUAACCUGCCACUGCCUGGAUCAUUUAGGCCAACUAUGUCCCGGAAUCUACUCCAUAUCUGUGAACAUUGACAAUCACGAAGAUGCUGGAGCAAGAAAUCAGGGGUCUCUGUUAGCUACAGGCCUGCAGGCCUGGUCUGGGCAGCUGCAGAGCCUUUCAGUACAUUUCCCAGGUCCUCUGGAGGAUCUCCACCCUGCCUUGCAGGUUGCAGGCUCCUCCAUGGUCUCUCUCACUCUGGAGGGGGUGACAACGAGCCCCCAUAGCCCACUACUGGAGGUCAUCAGGGCCUGUCCUCGACUCAUAGACCUACUCAUCUCUGCGGAGCCUCCUACUACGGCACAGGAGGAGGAAGUUGAGUGGGAUCAGCAGGAUGAUCAGGAUCUUCCACAGCUGCCUUACCUCCGCGCUCUCACACUAAAUUUCUCCUAUGAGCACAGCCGAAUGAAGCCCAUCAUGUCCUGGAUGUCCCUGAAGAAGGUGCUCAGGUGUCUCCUGGCUGGUUCUCCUUUACUAGAGAAGCUCUCGCUGGUCUCCCUACCGUGUCCACUGAACUGUGUUUUACAGGACGUGCUGCAUGUGUCUUACCUGCUUGGUUCUGCAGAUUCCACAGUUUCACCUCCGAUGCCACUCGGACGGCUGCAGCACGUUGACCUGCUGCGAACAGACGUGAUCAUGGCAACUGUGAAAAGUUUAAUGCAGCAGAGCAAGAGACUGAAGCGUGUAGAUGUGAGCUACUGCUGGCAAAUCAGUCAGCUUGAGUGGUCGAACUGCAAGACGUUCCAAAAAGUCCAAGUUGUCUGGGUGUAAUGAAGAGAUGGCCAACUUCCAAUGCAGGAGUCCCUGUUAAAAAGGGAUGAACAGAGCUUUAAAUGACUCUGAUAAAAAUAAAAUGCACUUUUUACAGUGUCAGUUGCAUUAUUAAAUCAGCUUCUGACCGCUUUGUUAUCUUUGUAACAGAGAUUGAGAGAUUUUUUUUUGUACUGCACAAUGAAACACAUCUUCAAUACUUUGUCAAUAUCAAUAUAGAGUCACUUUGCUGAACAUUGUACUUGAGGCAAUGUGAGUUCCUUUGCAGUUUUUUUUAUAAAGAUUACACGAAAUUUAGUUUGAUUUAUUGAUUUUCUUUCUCUACGUAUGACUAAAUGUGGCAAUUUAUUUGUAAAAUCCUUGUAUUCUACAAAAUAGCUUUUUUGUCAUGUUAAGAAAAAUCUUUUCUUCAGCUAAUCACAGAGGACAAGUGUUUCAUUGUAUCAUUGAGAUUUGUGGUGGUUUUUAUUAUCAUUAUUAAAUUCUUUGUUAAAUCUG